AUGCACUCACGUGAUAAUGUCACAAGAUCUUCCUACAAAAAAGAAGAGAAGAGAAGAGAACAGAAGAAAAAGAAAAAGAGAAUAAGAAAUAUAUUUCAACUUGUCUCUUCUAAUCAUAAUAGUGCAUUGAUAAUCGCGUGUACCCGCUUAUUGAGCACUCAAGAAAGACCCGACAGAGUUGAAGUGAAAACAGCGCACGCAAUAAAAUCGGAAGCACGCGAUCACGCGAUCACGUCACGAACGGUCACGCCGGGA